UAAGCUAACGACCCCUUCAAAGUACUCAGAUGAGAAACCUCGGGUUCUUUCCGGUCUAGUAGUUAUCAACCGCGGUAGCAAUAAAAGGCUUCUAUCACUGAGACCUAGCAGUGUCUAAUUCAAGGGUCCCUUACUCCGCAGGUCCUCCACUUUAGCUGUUUCCUUAGUUCUUAGAACCAUGAAUGGCGCAAGCCCAGAAAACGGGGCCUUGACUUUUUGAAAGAUGUGCUCCGAAGGACGAGGCCUAAAUCGGAAACCUUAGGAUAAAGCAAGUCCCUGAGAAGUCCUGGUGCUUUAAGAGUGCGUGCCAAAGGGGCGGAGUCUAGAGCGGAAGUUAUAAAUCAGGACCGAAGUCCGGCUGAUGAAAGGCGGAAGUGGAAUGUCCGAGGCGGCAGUCAUGGCGCAGGAAGAGGAAGAUAUUCGGGACUACAAUUUGAAUGCGAAGCAGAAGGCGACCAAGGCCAAGUAUCCUCCAGUCAAUCGGAAGUACGAGUAUUUGGAUCAUACAGCAGAUGUCCAGUUACAUGCAUGGGGAGAUACUCUGGAGGAAGCUUUCGAGCAGUGUGCAAUGGCCAUGUUUGGUUACAUGACAGAUACUGACACGGUGGAGCCCCUCCAAGCAAUAGAAGUAGAAACACAAGGAGAUGAUUUGCAGUCUCUUCUGUUUCACUUUUUGGAUGAGUGGCUUUAUAAGUUCAGUGCUGAUGAGUUCUUCAUACCCCGGGAAGUAAAAGUACUUAGUCUUGAUCAAGUAAAUUUCAAGUUACGGUCAAUUGGGUGGGGGGAAGAAUUCUCAUUGUCCAAGCAUCCUCAGGGAACUGAAGUCAAGGCAAUAACAUACUCAGCCAUGCAGGUCUAUACUGAAGAGAAGCCAGAAGUGUUUGUGAUCAUUGACAUUUAAGAUCAAGAAAAAACUCCUAUGAAGAACUGUUUUUUUCUCAUCCUUUUGAGAAGAUACCAUAAUAUAAAUUCUACAGUCUCUGACAAUAUAUGAUGGUUUGGUUUUGCAAAACAAAUUUUUGACUUAAAGCAUGAUUUUCCCACAAAUGGAAAAUUAAGCCAUCAUCUUGGUCUGUACUAACUAUUCAAAUGUUAAAGAAUUCUUCAGGUGGCAAGUAUGAUUCCUUAUUUAUUAAUUCCUUGCUGUCGCAACAGGUGUCUCACAUCCUUCCAAUGGAAUGCCAGCCCUCCAUCCUGGUCCCAAAAGGGAUCAUUGGUGUAAACAUCACUUCAAGAGACUCUGAAGCCUCCACACUUAUCAAAUCCAAUUUGGGGAAAAAAAUGAUAAUUUGAGAAAUUUUACAAUCAGGAUUUUGCUUUCUAUCCAAAUUGGUUAAGACAUAUAUUUUCUAUAUGUAUAUUAAGAGGUUGUAUUUUAGAUUGCUGUAGGACAGAGCCAUCCUGUAUUCCAGUUGGAUAACUUAUAAGAAAUAAUUAUAAUUGAACAAUUGGGAAACUUCUCUAGAAAGAGCCUGAUUUUCUAUCUCACUUUUUUUUAAACACUGAUAUACUGACACUUUCUUGUUUUUCCACAAGAAGAAUUUAAUGCCCUUAAAAAUGGGCCCUUCUAUCAUGUAAUUUUAUAUUAAAGCCAGUAUAUUUAUACAGUUAGAGAAGAA